GGGGGUGCGGGGGUCUGCGCUCCUGCAGAAGAAAUGCAGCCAAAAAGACGCUAUUCACCAUCGUAGCGAAUACCAGCACCCACCCACCCCGGCAAGCAAAGGCACGGCGCACGUCUACGAGCUCCAACUCUUUAUUGGAAGAACAAAAAAUAGAGACCCUCCACCGCCCCCCCCGGCAGGGCAGCUGGAGAUCCCUGCCAUCACUUGCGAGCGGCGGAUCACGUGACGCGCCCUGAGCUUGGCGAGUCCGACCGCCUGCUCCCAGUGUGGACUUCAGUCUGGAGAGCGGAGUCCAGCGGGAGGACAGCACUGCACUGAAUUGCACGGCACGGCACGGCACAGCACAGCACAGCACGGCACAGCACAGCACGGCAGCGCCGUCGUUUGGUUGCGUCGGGUCGCCCGGUCAAGAGGGGUGGCCGCCCCUGACUGCAGAAUCUCCCCCGCUCGGCUCUCCCGUCUCCCCGAGGCGCCGCUGGAGACGCGCCGCUCCGCUUAACGAGCCCACAGCACGGGAAGCGCGGAGCCGGAGAGCUCCGGGAAAAGGGAAAGAUUCUCGGGUAUCUUCAAAACCCAGACUGCUUGUGGAAGCUCAUUUUUCUACCUGAAUCCUCUGCUGGAUGCUGUGUGGAAUGAGCACAUGUGGCAGGAAAGCCCUGACGUUGCUGAGCAGCGUGUUUGCUGUGUGUGGUCUGGGGCUGCUGGGCAUUGCAGUCAGCACCGACUACUGGCUCUACCUGGAGGAGGGAAUCAUCCUGCCCCAGAACCAGAGCACAGAGAUCAAGAUGUCCCUUCACUCGGGAUUGUGGAGGGUCUGCUUCCUGGCUGAAACGCCGGCUACAGACCGAGUCUCCCCCUCCGUUAAACCAGGGGAGGAAAGGGGACGGUGCUUCACGAUAGAAUAUAUCAUGCCAAUGAAUGUACAGAUGACAUCUGAGUCUACAGUCAGUGUGCUAAAGAUGAUCCGCUCGGCCACCCCCUUCCCACUGGUCAGCCUGUUCUUCAUGUUCAUCGGCUUCGUCCUCAACAACAUCGGCCACAUCCGCCCCCACCGGACGAUCCUGGCCUUCGUCUCCGGCAUCUUCUUCAUCCUGUCUGGCCUGUCCCUAGUUGUUGGAUUGGUGUUGUACAUAUCCAGCAUCAACGAUGAAAUGUUAAACAGAACAAAGGACAACGAGGCCUAUUUCAGCUACAAGUAUGGCUGGUCCUUCGCAUUCGCUGCCAUAUCCUUCCUGUUAACGGAGAGCGCCGGCGUGAUGUCGGUGUACCUGUUCAUGAAGAGGUACACGGCCGAGGAGAUCUACCGGCCGCACCCCGGCUUCUACCGGCCGCGGCUCAGCAACUGCUCCGACUACUCCGGCCAGUUCCUGCACCCCGACGCCUGGGUGCGCGGGCGCAGCCCCUCCGACAUCUCCAGCGAGGCGUCCCUGCAGAUGAACUCCAACUACCCGGCCCUCCUCAAGUGCCCCGACUACGACCAGAUGUCCUCCUCGCCCUGCUGAGCUGGGGGGGGAGGGAGGGGGGGUGGGCGGCGAGCAGGUAAGGGCAGGGGGAGCUUAGCAGCCGGCGAUCGGCGCUGCCAACCACGCGUCCGAUUACAUGUGCCAGGAGAGGGGAGACGAUGCCUUUUUCUGUACGUCUGUGUGUGCGCGUGUGUGUGUGUUUGAUUUGUUCUGAUCCCGUGAUCGUGCGGCACGCGCCUGGCCUGCCAACGGGGGCGAGCCCAGCCCGGGGGGAGAGCAGGUCGCGUCCACAGUAAGAAGACCGCGCACGGCGACGCAGACGCUCCUCCGGGCCUUCUCGCGUUCAUGCCGGCACGACAGAGAUUCGAGUGUUUGUGUUAAUCCAGCGAAAGAUGCUUCGUGAAAGUGCCACGGUACCGUUUGUCAGCUGCUCAAACAUCAGCGCUUAAACGUUUUCUGCAAAGGAGUGACGGCAAGAGCUUGAGUCACACUGCAGUCAAAAACCAUUUCGCUUUCGAUUCUCUGUUCCAACUUUAAUUUGUAGGUGGGGAGAGUUUCUUUGGCAUAAAAGUAUUAUUUUUGUAAAUGAACACAGUAUUACAUUGCAUUUACUAAAUGUACAUGUUUAAACAUCCACCUUAGGCAAGGUGCUUAUAAACGGCAAAAUGUGCAAACAGCCAAGUUGGUCUAAACCAAGGGUAGACUGUAUUUGUGUCAAUACCUUCAAGCGUUUGUUAUAGACCACAUUGUAUCAUGAUAUUAAUAUAAUGAUGACUGGUAAAUCUACAGCUCUUUAUUUUAACACUUAUCAUAAAUCGUUCUUUUAAGGAUCCCCUUCUAACAGUAAAACACCAUUCUGAAAGCACUUUGCUGUUUCAGUGCAGGCAGGUCUAUGCCGACAGCAGAACGAGGCAGAAAUACGGCACUGACAGACACCAUUGUUGAGUUUCUACAAAAGUACUAUGCGACUUGGUGCAUUUUCGUUACCUACAGUAUUAAAAAUAAACAAAAUCCAGCAUACUUUAAAAUGCAGAUUUUACUAGCAUAAGUUUAAAUGUAAUUAUGUGUAAUACUUUUGAAGGGAUAUAAAUACAACACAUAGUAUAUAAAAAUUAGUAUUUAUACUUUGGAUGUGCUGCAAACAUGCUAAUCGCAUGUACAGACCCAUUGAAAUGUAAGUAUUACAGAACACCAGAGGAUAUAUGGACUCUGUGGCAGGUCAACAUUUCUUUAACAUGAAUUCUUGCAAUAGAACAACUACAUAGUAAUUUUAUAUUGAUGCAAUUACAACUCAUGUGCUCCAACCUACAGUAGCAUUCGCAGGCACUGACUUCGUUGUGCUUUAAUGGGAUUUUCAACAAAAAGGGAACGGUUCAUAAUUCUGCACAGUAGCUGAAGUUGGACCGAUUUCAGUCUGAUUUAUCAGUCACAAUGUAGUAAGAUGUUUUUUGGCAAUGAUUUACUUAGGAAGCUGGAGGAAUUAAAUUUUUCUUACGUUCUUGUGUUUUUAGCAAAGCUGCAAGUUUGUUUUUACAUUGUUUUAAAACAUUUUUUGUAUGGUUUAAGUUUGCCUCUGUUAUUUAAUGUAUUUUUUUUCUGAAGUAGAGGACAGAUAGCCCCAAUAUUCACACAAAGCCAAACACCAGCUCCUGCUUCCUCCACUGUUCUGACCUUAACCUUCACCCUUCACUGUAUUAAUACACUCUCUCUGUACAAGGAGAAGAGUUAGUGCUGGGCCUUCUGCAGGCAGAAGGGUGGCGGACUAACCUAUAAUUCACUUGUUUGGCUUCUCAGUCAUACUCUGUUUUGACAUGUGGGUGGAAUUUCAUACGGCUGCUGAACAUGAACUCACAUCCGCGAGAGAUUUCCACCUCCUCCACGCUUUGAGGUCUGGAGCGCAGCAGGUUUUCUAGUUGUCCUUACGGUACACACUGCUCGCCAUCGGGGAGAAAGGAGAAACGAAACCAGUUAAGGUGUAUUACGUGGCCUUAUGCCAUUGAUGUAGAAACCUGUUGGAAUGUCGGCUCCAAGGUUCGGCAUUUGAAAGCCCAGACCUAUACCUGUCUAUUGCUACAGGAUCCCACAACAUUUAUCCAGACUUAAUUGUGCAUUUUCCUGUCCUCAAACGCUCCACAGAGAUUUACACAAAUGAGGCCCACAGGUCAUCGUUACACUGCUCCUUUGAGGCAAGCAGUGCCCCUCAAGUCUACAGCUAUGAGCUCUUAAUGCAGUGCUGGUUUGAGACACAGGUACGUUUUUCUUCCAUUUAAACUUCUUUUAAUACUAAUAAUUUACAAUUGUUUCUUUUCCGAAUUCCACAUCAACCCAUUCCUAUUCCUUUUUUCUCAUUUCAAAACCUUCUCUGGGACUUAUGUACGAAGAUGUUUUUAUGUCCCGUCAAACCAUUUUUUUUCUGCAGUCUUAAUAUUGAAUUCUAAUACUCUGUCUAUUUUUCUCAUUUUAAAAUGGGUUUGUUCAAUGAUGUGUAUAUAAAAAGAUGUGUAUAUAUAUUAAGCAUAGACUUUUAUAUAAGCUUACAGCAGUUGUAGAUGGUUUUAAUAUUUUGUAAGCACACUUGGAGCAACGAAUCUGUAACCUUAUCAGUAUGCUUGUAAUAGCUGCUUUCCAUUUUGCAGUGCAUAUUUUCAGAAUGUGAGCUUUUGCACAUGUUGUAAUUAAAUACAGUACUGUAGAAAGUAUAUAACGUUUGGGAAACAAAUACUGUUGUUCUGGUUGUUCUUUUUACAAGCAGUCAUUUUAGACUGUUAUUGUACAUUUCUGUUUCUAAGAAAUAAAGUAACAUUGUUGUGUUUAUUAGUGCA